UUGUAAUCGAUUUCAGCUCAGAGCACGUUUGUCACACUGAAAUACGACUAUAUAUUUUGACACCCCAUAACUACUAAUCUGGUAUUCUACGUUAAAAAAUGUAUCCGCCGCCGCAUAACUGGCUCUCAUUGUUGUAACGACAACAGUUAUAUUAUAUUUUAUAAUUGUAAGAACCUGAAGAGGAGAAAUUAUUGAAAAGGAUAUUCUUCUUUCAGAUUGACUUUUACCAUAUAUAUUUUCUUACCUAGAAAAAAUGUAGUUUUUAGAUUAUUUGGUAUAAUUCUUAUCGUAUUCAUUUAUUUUACACUCCCUUUACAGAUGAUAGAUCAUACAACAGUUAAAGUCAAAUUAUCAUCAGACGGUGAUGAAUGCGCAUUAGAUGAGAACAAUACGGACAAUAUAAGCGAUACAAAUCAAGACAGCAAAAUACGUAAUCUUGAAGAAAAACUUCGACAAUUAGAAGAAGAAAAUUUAAAUCUUGGUUCGUCGAUGUUGUUGUUGUUGUUGCUAUAGCAUUUUAUUGAUUUUUUUUAUUAUAGAAAAAGAAAUUUAUUCAACAGAGAAGAAGUAUCAUGAACAGUUGGAGGCAUAUUUAGCCAGAUAUAUUAAUGCAGAUUUUAGUCUAGCUCAAAUGCAAUAUAUACUGCCAAUGAAAAGAGCUAAAUUAAGUAAAUUGCAGACGACAACCACAAAUGAGCAUCAUACUUCAUCCUCCUCAAACUCUUUUACUAUUGAUGCGAAUCCUCUGAUCUCAUUGAAACACUUUUUUGAACCAUCUGUAAAUCUUGUUUAUAAAAAGUUACGUGAAACAACAAUAGAAGCACAAAAUCGAUAUAGACAAAGUAAUGAUGAUAUGUUGGCAUGGAGAUUUUCGCCAGAAAGUUCAAUUGGGAAGUCAUUAAUGUCACGUAUACGACACUUGCUAAACGCUAAUGAAGAAUUAGGCCGAGUGAAUCAAGCUGAUCGUGUAUCAAAAUUAGAAUCUGAAGCUGAACUUCAAGCAACAUGCAUAAAAGAAUUUAUAAAAGCUAAUGAAGAUAUUGAAAGUGUAGUGGAUGAAGCCUACACGGAUUUAGAAGGUCUUCAAAACAGUCUGUUAAUUCUACACCAACAAAUAAAUCAAACCGAAUCUGUUGUUGAAGCAUUACAGAAUGAAUUAGAAUCACGUCAACCGGGUAUAGUUGCUGAACUCAUGUCUGCAAUGUUAUCAAAAUUGAAUGAAACAGAAGAAACAACAAAUCCAACCACAGAAGGCGGUGGUGAUGAUGAUGAUAAUGCUACAUCAACGCCUGAUGUACACGAUCAACCACCACCACCAUCUGAAGAAGAUAAUCUAGAUCCUUGUAAUAAUACUGAUGAAGGUUAACCAGACGGAACUUGUACAUAAAGCAACAGUGAUAGUAAUUGAAAUUUGUACAUAGAUAGACAGAUAGAUACAAAUGACUAUCGUCUUAUCUUCUGAUGGCUUUUUUGUACAUAUAUAUGUUUUUUUACUUACGUCUCUUUCUUCUCAUUACAACUAUUUCUGUCUGAUGGAAUAUAAACAUUGGAUAAUAGGAAUUAUUAAAAAGACGGUUUUAUUGAAGGAAAUUUUCUUUUCGAUGAAGUCGUCACCGUCAACUAGAUAGCUGUACAUUCGUGUAUUUAACAUAAAUUUGUGGAAAAGUUCUAGAAUAAUCUCCGUUCAAGAGUCAAAUUAGUAAAAAUUACAAUUAGGAAUUAAAAUGCCAUAAAAAACAGGUGGGGGGGACGGAUAAAACUCAAACAAAGUACCAUCAUAAUUACUGAGAAGAUUGACAUCGAUUGUACAAUUAGGGGUUAGAAAUGUAGAAAUAACAACAAUAGACAGGAUGUUUGGAAAACAAAAUCUAGUGGGAUCAUAACUAAUGUGACGAAUAAUUGUUUAUGCAGUUAAGGAUUAAAUAUGUAGAAAUAAUAAAAUGACAAAAUAAAAUUUAGAAUUCAAACGUGACAUUGAAUCAGGCAUCCUUCGUAAACGCCUCUGCAAACCUUUGAGGAACUCAUACCUGGUUGCGGGCUGA